AUGAUCCUGUCUCCUGAAACUAAGAUGAGUUUCAGUUUUACCGUCAAGAACAAAAAAGACUCCGAUGGAUGCCUACUUGAACCGAUUCAAUUAUUAAUCAACACUUUCUUUGUCAUUGUAGAAUGCCUCUUUAUGCAAAUAUGUCACCAGUCCUUACUACAGAAGAGACGGUGUGCUUUCCAAGUGACAAACGUAAAGAACCACGGCUACUAUGCAGCUGGGAAUGUGACUGGCUCCGUGCAGCUCUGUGAAAACACCGGCUGCUGUUUGGCCAUUUAUCGAAUCACAAAUGGCCAGCGGAAGGUCGACACGCUCGCAUGUGACAGAGUAAAAAUGCUUUGCUCACAUAAAACCUGCGAGGAGCAAUCAACCUUCAUAGAAAACUUCACUGUAUGUACAUGCAGUACAGACAUGUGCAACAGAAACAUCUCGUUGAGUCCAGAACUGGAACAGCCUCCAGAAACCCACCACCAUGCAGCAGCUGAAAUCACAAAAGCAGUGGUGAUGGUGGCGAUUCUGUUCUUUACUGUUCUCAUCGUUAUUGCUGUCAAGUGGAGAAAACUCUGCAAGGAAAAAAAGGAGUAUCUGCAGUCGGCCUGUAAGGACUAUAAUAUCCAACAACAGUGUUCCUGUCAAAUAAAAGCUUCAGAGAACCAGAUUACGGACAUUGAACUGCAGGGGGUUCUGGGACGGGGCCAUUUUGCAACUGUUUAUCAAGGGAAGCAAAGGGGAAGUGUGGUGGCUGUGAAAGUGUACACUGCAAACUGGAAGCAUCAGUUUAUUAAUGAAAAGGGGGUUUAUGAGCUUCCACUGAUGAAGCAUGAGAGGAUUCUCCAAUUCUUAGGCACGGAGUGGAAACCAGACGACAGCAGCCUGCUCAUUGUGCUUCAGUACGCUGAACAUGGUUCUCUUCAUUCCUUUCUGUGUAAACACGCCAGCAGCUGGAUGCUGUCCAUGAGGCUGUGCCAGUCCUUAUCGGAGGGACUUUCCUAUCUCCACUCUGACCUCCGCAGCAAUGAUGUGCACAAACCUCCCGUUGCCCACAGAGACCUCACCAGCUCCAAUGUACUGGUGAGAGCAGACGGGACUUGUGUCUUGUGUGAUUUUGGAUCCUCCACCAUCCUGCGUUCUUGUUCAGGACAUCGCUUCUGGAGAAACCACUCCACAACCAUGACGGGUCAUCUUCAGUUUUGCACGCUCAACUACAUGUCCCCUGAGAUCCUGGAGGGCUCUGUGAACCUCAGCAGCAGCUCAUUUCUCCUGCAGGGUGACAUCUAUGCCUUAGGUCUGAUUUUGUGGGAGAUAUGGAUGCGCUGCUCUGAUUUGUUUACAGGGGGCGCUGUUCCAGAGCAUCUCCUGCCUUAUGAACUGGAGCUGGAUGCCGAUGUAACACUGGAGAGGCUCAUCCUGUUUGUGUCUGAGAUGGACAGGAGACCCUCCAUUCCUGGAAACUGGGAGAUGUUACCACAGGGACUUGGGCUAAAGGAGCUGCUGACAGACUGCUGGGACCGAGACACAGACGCUCGGCUGUCAGCUCCGUGUGUCGUAAACAGAUUAAUGUCUCUGUAACCUUCUAAACGCGAUGAUUUUUGUCCCUUUUUUUUCUUCUUCCAAGUUGAUACAUUUAUGGAUAUAAAGAUAAUGGUUCCCGUUUUGUCUCACCGCUGUUUGUUGUAGUUUCUCAUUUUUAGCUUGCUACCAGUUCACAUGUAAUCUGAUGAGCUUUCAAUAAAGACGUUUUUAAUUGA